AAUAAUAAAUUGUACCUAUCUCUUUAAGUCGUGUAUCUCUGGUGCAGCAGAGAUCUGUUAGUUGCAGUUAGCGGAGGUUCGAAACUAAACAAUUUCACCUUCGGCCUUCCUUCUAUCAGAGUAGUUUACAGUCGGCUACUUGUCGUAAUUUAUUCCACGCGAUUCUGUCUUCUUUGAUAGGUCCUUCAGAAGCACUUAAUAUUGUUUACCAAAGAAAUGGUGAUGGAGAAGCCAAGUCCCCUGCUUGUAGGGCGGGAGUUUGUGAGGCAGUACUAUACACUCCUAAACAAGGCGCCAGAUUUUCUGCACAGGUUCUACGGGAGAAACUCUUCCUAUGUUCAUGGAGGGCUUGAUCCAAGUGGAAAGCUGGCAGAAGCAGUGUACGGUCAGGCGGAAAUCCACAAAAAAGUAAUGUCCCUGCAGUUCAGUGAAUGCCACACAAAGAUCCGGCACGUGGAUGCCCAUGCUACACUGAGUGAUGGCGUGGUUGUGCAAGUCCUUGGGGAAUUGUCGAACAACGGUCAACCUAUGAGGAAAUUUAUGCAGACGUUUGUUCUUGCUCCAGAGGGUUCUGUCGCAAACAAGUUCUACGUCCACAACGACAUCUUCCGCUAUGAGGACGAAGUCUUCGGAGACUCUGAGGCUGAGCUUGAUGAAGAAUCAGAGGAGGAAGUUGAGGAGGAGCCAGAGGAGAGACCGCCAUCUCCUGAGCCACUUCAGGAAAGCCCUAACAGCUCGACUUACUAUGAGUCUCACCCUGUCAGCAAUGGUGUAGAGGAGCCAAUGGAUGAGCCUUCUCCAGAACCGGAACCAGAGCCUGAACCCGAGCCUAAAGCAGAGGAGAUGAAGCCUGAGGUAGAUGAGAAGCUGAUGGAGGAAAUGGAGGAGAAGGCACCUUCACCAGCACCUGUGGAGUCUCCACAAAACACCCAAGAGCCUCCCAAGCCUUUCUCCUGGGCUUUGGUGACGAGUAAAAACCUGCCUCCUACGGGCACAGUCACUUCCUCUGGAAUAUCACCCCAUGUUGUUAAAGCUCCAAGCUCACAGCCGAGGGUUGAAGCCAAGUCUGAGACCCAAGCCGCACCUCUCCGGCCCAGAGACCAGCGCACACGGGACAGACCCACCUUCACCCAGCGCGGCCCCAGACCUGAUGGUGUUGCAUCUUUGGAGUCACAAACGGGGAAACCACACUUGAGUUUUGUUAACAAAGGUGGCAGAGGAGACUCCGACUCGGGUGACGUGGACAGCCGGCGUAUCGUUCGGUACCCCGACAGCCACCAGCUUUUUGUGGGCAACCUUCCACAUGACAUUGACGAAAACGAACUCAAGGAGUUCUUCAAGACUUAUGGAAAUGUGGUAGAGCUGCGGAUCAACACCAAAGGAGUCGGCGGAAAGUUGCCAAACUUUGGAUUUGUGGUGUUUGACGACUCAGACCCCGUGCAGAAAAUCCUGGGGGCCAAGGUAGAAGGGCCCAUCAUGUUCCGAGGCGAGGUGCGCCUGAACGUAGAGGAGAAGAAGACGAGGGCGGUGCGCGAGAGGGAGACCCGCGGUGGCGACGACCGGCGAGACAUGAGGCGCAACGAUCGGGGUCCGGGGGGUUCGCGCGGCAUUGCCGGAGGAAGCGGGAUGAUGCGCGAUCGAGACGGACGGGGACCCCCGCCUCGAGGCGGCAUGGCGCCCAAACCCGGCAUGGGCUCCGGCAGAAGCUCCAGCGGCCAGGGAGAGAGUCGCUUCACGCCACAGCGCCGCUGAGGAAAGCGUUGCUUCACGUGUGGAUAUAUUACUGUUCUUCAUCUUCAACUGUUCUCGUCAACAAAAAUCUUCACAUAUGAAAUAUAUAUUUGUUUUUGUUCUUUUUUUUUCUAUUUGCUUUGGAAUGUGACACAGUCUGUCAGCUAUUUGUGAAAUAGACAAACCAAAAUAAGCAAACAAAAAAAUGUCGCUUAUUUGUUGUGAGCUGAGCAUCCUUUUACGGUAUCUCAAGAAUUCACUAACUUUAAUUUUGAAAGCGUGGGGAACCCAACCAAGGAAUAAUCUGCCACAUUAGGAAGGACGGAUGAGACGAUGAAGCCCAUCAUUCUGAAAAGAGAUUAUAUGCCUUGAAUUUAAUGAGGCGUUGCUUCAAAAAACAACAAAAAAAAACCCAAUUGCACAUUUUCUAUCCUAAGUUUCUGCCAGUUACUGACGAAGAAGCGCGAGAUGAAAAAUAUGUGCAUUUCCAGUGGAAAAACUUGCCUUUUACAUUUCCCUUUUGAAAGACCACUGCUUCAAAAAUUGCAAAAUGCACUCAUCAAUAUGCACUAAUGGGUACUUUUUGUCACAAUAAAUUGAUGCUCGGAGCGCAGCUGGAGAGAUGAGCUGUGCGGGACAGGCCAGACCGCUGUGACCAAUGUACUUCUCACACUUGACCCAAAAACCAUUCCUCAGUUACUUACGGACGGACAAGAUGGCAAGAAAGUCUUCAUCUCUAAAUAGGUUGGACUGUUGAAAUGACGGGAUGAACAGUAGGCGGUUAUCUUUUUUUUCUCCCUUUUUUUUUAUUUUUUUUAAUUCAGUUUAUUUUAAUUUCCUGCCAGCUUGACUGCAAAUGGGGAUGAUUGAAACCUCCCACCGUCUUCUCUCCCUUCCUGUCUUGAGCGAGGAGUAACCGAAUAAAUGUACAGCAAAAAUCGGACGACUGUACUUUUUUUGUUUUGCUUUCCUGUUUACUUUCAUUUCUGACUUGAUAAAAGCAUGAUGGUGCCUUCUGUUUCACUUUUUCCAGUAUUACUGAAGCGUGAAGCAGUCUGGGGCUCACUGCCUCCUUCGUACACAGAGCUGCUUAUAUUGAACUAUAUUCUGCUGGGAACAGAUUUAAAAAAAAAAGAAAAUCUUUAAAAAAAUAACCCAGCAUCAUAAGAUUUUUUCUUUUGUUUAUUUUUCAGGUGCAAAGUUCAUAUUUCCAUACUGUUUUACUACCCAAAAUGAUCUGCUGUGAGUUUUGUACAUUUCUUGUAAUUGUAUGUUUGAUGUUUUGUAGAAACAGUGGGUGCCUCAAGUUCUGUUUGUUAAAUAAUUCAUUCAAAGUUGCAAUUGAAGAACUUCUUUACCCCCUGUAAGAGAGAAAAACAGGCACAUUUGAAAGAUGAUAUUCUUGCUCCUUGGUUUAAGCAGUGUGGCUACCGUUUCAUUAAACUGGGGUUCUAGACA